CUGGCCGGUCAACCAUGAGAUUGAAAAACCAAACAAUUCAACCUUCCUUCUCUCUAAGAAAUCAAAAUCGCCAAACAGGCCUUCAUAGCGCUGCAGCACAAUUAUCCCCAAAGCCAUGAAAUCCGACGAAGAGUCUCAAGCUAAUCCACUCAAUCCGGCCGCCGGAUCUUCCAAGGCCUCCGAUGGGGUGUUUUGUAAGGGGAAAUACUGGAAGCUAUGGGUGAUUUCCGCCAUUCUACUUCUCGCCUUUUGGUCAAUGUUCGCCGCCGGAUCUCUAACUCUCACUCUCAGUCGGAUUUCUAAUUCGUCUUCCUCCGCCUCCGCCGCCGCGUUCCAAGAUGAUCUCGAUGUUCUGGAAAUGGAGGAGAGGGAGAAGGUAGUGAGACAGAUGUGGGAUGUGUACACCCACCGGCGGAGCACCGUCGGGCUGCCCAAAUUCUGGCAGCAUGCCUUUGAGGCGGCGUACGAGGAUUUGACCGCCGAUUCAGCCGCCGUCCGGGACGCCGCCGUCUCAGAGAUUGCCAAGAUGUCAUUGCGCCCACAAUCCACGCCUCUUUCCUUCUCUACUCAAAGACAAGAGGAGAAGGAAGAAGGUGACUUACUCAGUGUUGGGAUGGAGGCAGAGACUGAAAGGGAACGUUGAAGACGAAAUGCGGGAGGCUUUUUUUUGUUUGGAUUAUGGAUGACAGUAAAAUUGAUAUCGUCAUUGUUUUAUGAACCACCAACAAUAAUUUUAUGUAUGUGAUUAUAUCGCUCGCAUGGGUAGCCUAGUUAGUUUGAGGGGGGAUGUCAUGCCCAAAGAUUCUAUGUAUUCUUUUUGAAUAGCUCGUUGUGCGCACCAAAUAUGGGGUGAUCUCUCAAAAAAUCCGACAAAGAUUAUGUCAUUAUUUAUCUCCCUUACUAUCCUGCCAUGCCCGGGGAGAGGAGCGCCUUAAGUAGACCUUUUCACCAAAGAAAGGGACUAAUUUGGA